UCCGAAAUUCAGGUUGUUUAAUUUUUUCUGAUCCGGAAGAAGUUUUCUGCGAUUUACUUCGUAAGUUUCACUUCCGGUGUGAGGAAUAACUGGGACAAGGGAGGUACAGCGGUGGCAGGCCUUGGAGCGGGAGAGGCUGGGGGAAUAAUGUGAAUUUGCCGAUUCCUUUUAGGAAUGUUGCUGUAUCUUUGAACUCUCUUUAAAUUCCCUUUCUGCAACUUUUCAACUCUCCUCUCAUCUGUUUGAAAAUUGGUGAGUUCAUCACCUUUUUGCAUCAUGAGUACAAAUGGUAAUUUCCUUAUCAAAGAAGAAAUGGACAGUGACAGUUACAUUCAAUUUGAUGUCCCAGAAUACAGCAACACUGUCCUAAGCCAGCUAAAUGAACUUCGUCUGCAAGGCAAGCUGUGUGACAUCAUUGUUCACAUCCAGGGCCAGCCUUUUAGGGCUCAUAAAGCUGUUCUGGCUGCUAGUUCUCCCUACUUCAGAGACCAUUCUGCAUUAACCACCAUGAGUGGUUUAUCAAUAUCAGUUAUAAAAAACCCCGAAGUUUUUGAGCAGUUACUUUCAUUUUGUUACACUGGGAGAAUGUCUUUACAACUUAAGGAUGUUGUAAGCUAUCUUACUGCUGCUAGCUUUCUGCAGAUGCAGUGUGUCAUUGAUAAAUGCACUCAUAUUUUGGAGAGUAUUCAUUCAAAACUUAGUCUUGCUGGUGCUGAUUCGUCUGCUGUUGGUCAUGACGACAACCCAGGAGCCCAUAAUGGGAUUAAUGAUAGUAGCCACUUUAUAAAUCCAGUGGAGAUAUCACCACCAUAUUAUUCUCAUUCCAGGCAGUCUGCUGUAACUAAUGAUCUAAGAAUGGAUAUAGCGUCUGGUAAAGGUCUGCGUAGUCGUUUGCAGGAAGAGGGGCAUUCAGAUCGUGGCAGCACUGGUAGUGUUUCAGAACAUGAAGUUCAAAUGGAAGGUGAUCAUGAGCAGGGAGAAGUGAUGGCAAAAGAGAGUCAAACUGCAGAAGUGAAAGUGAAACUAGAAAAAUCCGACCGACCCAGUUGUUCCGAUAGCUCUUCUGUCGGUGAUGAUGGAUACCAUACAGAAAUGGUUGAUGGUGAGCAGGUAAUGGCUGUAAAUGUUGGAUCUUUUGGCUCUGUAGUUCAGCAUACUUAUCAAUAUGCUGCAGCUGCUUCACAGACUAGUAAUAUGUCUGAACCUUAUGGAAGCCUUAGUAGCUCAAGCCCUUCAAGAUCCAUGUUAAGCAACCUGCGAGGUGGCAGGGCACGACAGAAACGAAGUAUACAGUUACCAGGAGAAAUUCAGGGUAUUGUACAGGGAACUGAAAAUGAUGCUGCUUUAACUAACCCAGGAUUUGAAAACAGUGUAAGAGAAAGGCAUGUACGAGGGCACUGGUAUCCUUACAAUGAAAGACUUAUUUGCAUUUAUUGUGGGAAGUCAUUUAAUCAGAAAGGCAGCCUUGAUAGGCAUAUGCGACUUCACAUGGGAAUAACACCUUUUGUUUGCAGGUUUUGUGGCAAGAAGUAUACUCGCAAGGACCAGCUUGAGUAUCAUAUUCGUGGCCAUACAGAUGACAAACCUUUCCGAUGUGAAAUCUGUGGAAAAUGUUUUCCAUUUCAGGGCACUCUAAAUCAGCAUUUGAGGAAAAAUCAUCCUGGAGUUACAGAACUGAAAAAUCGUGUAGAAUCACCUGAAAGAACAGAGGCAUACAUGGAACAGAAAGAGUUGGAUGACGCUUCAGCUUCUGAAACUAAUAUGAAUUCUAGUAUGGACAUUCAUUCAAUGUCUAACAUAGCUGAUUAAAUAUGGACAUUAAAUUGAAUUAAAACAAAGCACACUGAUCAAGAAGUAUUAGGUUUACUUCAGUAGUAUUCGUAUUCAUCCUUCCAUGAAACUAAUGCAUUCACUUACCUCUAAUUUCGUGCCCUCCUAAGAUGCUUGUUAAAGUUGUAUUUGUUUAUGCAUAAAGGACACAUUUAAAUUUUGGCUGUUGCUGAAAUGCAAAAAGCUUUUAUGAGCAAAACAGUACUGACUUGUUAAAGUGAUCUUGAAAGGGCCAUGAAAUGCCACGUUUUUUAAAGAUUGUCACUAAAACUCAAGGUUCUCACUCAGUAUGCUUUUAUGUUUGGAAUGCCUGUAUGAAUGGUUUAGUUUCUGAAUUCCUCUUCAGUGAGACUUUCAGCUAUGUAUAGAUUGUACUAUAUGUUUUUAGACUGCUAUUUCUUGGUUUAUAAGAUGCACAAUAUUUUAUUUUAUAGGAACACACAUUGGAAGAGUAAAGCUGUAUUUUAUUCAAGAUAACUCACUCUACAGUACACCAUUAUAAGCCUUUUGAAUAUGCCAUGAGUGUGAAACUGUGUGUUUAAAAUGUCAUGCAGAAUGGUGUCCGUAUACAUUUUGCAGUGAUACAAAAACGUGUGCUAUCACCCUGAAAAGUAUAUAGCAUUUAAACAUAUUUUUUAUAGUUUAACAAAUCUCUGCUGUUUACUGCAGAAGUGGUAGAAAUGUGUAGUGCAUCUCCUUUGCACUUAGUUGGUAGCAGUUCAGAAAUCUUAUGGAUCCUUAAAGCUUAAGUGACAUGUCUGCAGCAAAAGUUCAGUAGGGUUACUGACUUUCACACGGUUUUCAGAUUUUGAUGCCAAACCCAAAACUGGAGGCCAAACAUUAUUAAGGCAAGUUUUUCAAUUGCCAUUUUCAUUAGGGAAAAAAAACUGCCCUAUAUUAACCAGGAAGAUGAUUUGCACGCUGCAGAAAAGUUGUUUGGACUCUGUAGGUUUAGCUGUGUGAAUAAUGUAUGUAAUUUUUCUUUUUGAAAUGUUAGUGAUAUCAGUCUUUCUUGGAUGUGGAGGUCUAGAGGAAUUUGAGAUUUGUGGGCAUGAGAGGAGUGAAAUGAGCAGAGUCAGCAAGGGUGAGGCUUUGCUGAGCAAAUUUUUUUUCUGAAACUGCAUUUAGUGCAAAGGAAAAGCCAUAACUUCUGUUCACUUUCUUUUAAAGUGGUUGUCGCUUCCUGUUUUACAGCAAAGGUGCAACAGUUUACUAUGGCAGUUGGUUUGUAAUGUUUAUCAUGAAACUAGAAUUCUUGUUAAAUUUUCUUUAAAAAGCUCCCAAGGCUGACUUAUGAUUUCAUUGUCUUAUAUAGUUCCUCUACCCAAGGUAUCUAUAAUCCAGAAUGCUGCUGAUAAAUUGUUUAGUAUUGCUCUUUCCAAGUACCUGAAGUCAGCACUGGUGAGUUAAUAGCAGAAGUAGGACUGAUCUGGACAAAAAAUGCAUUCGGUACACUGUACUAGUGCUUAUUAAACUAGUAGCAAAAUGUGUAAUGUCAAACUAAGAAUUUUAUUCUGCAUUUGAAAAGGCAGGAUUUUUCCUGUUUUGUUGCACAACUGCUGUAAAUAGGGAAACACUUUUUGAAUGCUAGGUCUCUUGACCAAAGGUGGUUUAUUUAUUGUCGUAUGUGGUGCUAUUUUUCUGUUCAUUCAUGUUAGGUCAGUAUACUAUAGGAAAUGUGAAAUAUUUUCUCAAACCUACUGGUAACAGUGAAGUAAAGAGCAAUCAUGCUUUUUCUGAUGAAGAGUUGACAACUAAAAGAAACCUCAUUGAACACAUAUCAGGAAAACUACUACUGUUUUUAAUGUUUGAGUCAGACCAAAAUGUGCAAAAAACUUUAUCAAGUUGUUGUUUUUCAGUAAUGUAUUAGUUUGCAGAAAGCAGGUGUUAAAUUUUCGAAGCCCCAUACACUCAAAAUAACUUUGUAAAGUAAGUGAACUUAUUUAAGGACCCCCUCCCCUUUUUUUUAUUUAACCAAAGAGUGACUUCACCAAAAGUAAAAAGUUACAAUGCAUUGGCAUUUAGAAAUGUGCUGUAUGAAAAGGAAGCCAAGUUUCUCUAUUUUAUUGGUUGUUAUAACCAUAUGGGGCUGUUAAUGUGGCAAUUAAUUGCCUUCUGAACUUCAGAAGGUCAUGUCUGAUGAACUUGGUCCUAUAUUUUCAUGGCAUACUGUUCACUUUUUCCACUGCUAGCAGUGUUAAGGGUAUCAAGCCAUAACACAUUUAACUAUAUCUUAAGCAGUAUUUCAGAAACUUUAAAUUGAGCCGGUAUAGUUUUGCAAUAGACUUUGUUUAUUUUUAGUAAAGUUGUGUUUUAAGUUGGAGAGACAGAUUUGGCAUCAGCAAUGAAAUUGUGCCUUGUUCUGUAACAUUAUUCUCUUGCAUUUAUAAAGUGUGUGACAAAAGGUGUUCUGCAGCUCAUCUGUGGUUGAUUUUAAUAUCUGAACAAUUUCAGUAGAGUAUGGUCUAUGAAUAUUUCAGACCUGCUUUGGCAGUGAAAUAUACAUGUUUUCUUAGGGUAAUCAGUUAAAAAUGUAAUGUUUUUGUUAGGUUGAACUAGUACUGUUCAUUUCAUUUUUAAUUAAGUGCAGAAUCAGAAUAUAAGUACAUUAGUAAAGUCAUGCAUUAAUAAAAUACUGAAUUCAGAUAGGUGAGUUCAUAACUGAGUCCCUUAUGAGUUUUUAUGUAUGUAUAUUACAAAAAUUGCUAAAGCUGCAUCUUUUACAUGCUUAAAAUAACUAUGUACUGUGAAAAAGAACAUAUUGUUGUAGUGUUUGUACUUUGGUUUUUAGUUUUUAUUUUCAGUGUAACUGAUGCAGUGUGUAAAUGUAUAACUAUUAUUUUUUGUAAAUAUUUACAGUACAUAAAACAUUUUAAGAUUGUUCA